AUGCUCAUUCAUCUGGCCAGUAAUUUGGAGUUGCGUGGGCAGCCGACGGUACCCCAAGACUCUUCCCGACUCUUAGCACCACUGACUGGGACGCACGAUGAGGCUUUCUACCUAACACCAAUUCAAGAGGAAUAUUUCCUUACCUUGUACUGGGAAACCUACCACACGUCGCUUUACGCUAUAAUUGACGAGGCAAGCUUCAAAACACACAUUCAAUCACUGUAUGUCGAUGUACCACCAGGACUCCCGAGAAGGCAAUCAGCACUUGUGGAUAUCAUCAUUGCCAUGUGUAUGCAGUACCACGUUUCUUCACGGCCGGCCAGGAAGAAAACGUGUAUUGUAGAAGACAACGACGCCACGCUAGCUGGUAGAUGGUAUUACAGGCGUGCCCAGACUCUCCUGGCCUGUGAGAUCGAAGGCCCUUCACUGUCAACUUUGCAGUGCAAUCUACUGUGUGCUGUGUAUGUCUGUGUUGGAUCUUUUCACAAUAUGGCAGACAGCAUCUGUUCUCUCGCUGUCCGGACUGCCUAUAUGCUGGGCCUCCAUCUGGAACCACCAACAACGUUGCCCUCAUGCGAGAGGGAGUUGCGGAGACGACUAUGGUGGUCUGUUUUUGAACUGGACACUAAAGUAGGCAUCAAAGUUGGCCGUCCGUUUCUUAUUCGUACCACACACAUGAUGCCCCAGUUACCCCGAGACGACCUUGCAGCAGCCAUUGAGUCAGGAUCGACAUUUGCUCCUAUCGGAGACAACGCUACUUGGCUAAGCUUCAACCUACAAAGGUUCACACUAUACAAAAUUGCGCGAGAUCUCAACCUGUCCUUCUAUGGCCACGAGCUCAAGUUUAAAGAUGGAGACUCGUUUUACAAUGACGAUAGCGCUAUGGACGAUCUUGCAGUCACUUGGGGUCCACAAACAACGACCUUGACCGAGUGGACAAAGCAUGUUCCUAACCCUCUCCAGAACAAGCGCAAGAACGGCGUUGCGUUUUCUGGUGAUGGUUCGACACUCGAUCUCGAACCAUAUGCACCACUCUGGCUGCAAAGACAACGGUUAUGUCUCGAACUGGAAUACAAUCAUCUAUGCAUCAGUCUACACCGCCCUUUCAUAUCGUUCUCACUCAAUCAGGGAAGCAACACAGUAGCUAUGGCUGUCAAGUGUGCGCACCACGCCAUAGAACUAACCAACAUCGUUCAUCAGGUGCUGACCACAACGACUAUCCUCCACGGCUGGCACGAGGCCUUUCAGUGGCAGUGGAGUGCAGCCAUGACGCUUGUAGGAUUCGUCAUGGCAAACACGCAAGAUCCUCUUGCACCAGCGGCCCGCAAAUCUAUACAGUUAGCAGUUUCCGUGCUCGAUAUGUUUGCCUCAAGCUUUGAGGCUGCGGUCAAGGCAGCUAUUAUUGUCCGGACAUUACACCAAAACAUUGAAUCUGUCAUGACACAGUUCGAAGCGCAAACGGCCCAGUUCGCAGGGACGACAAAUGUUAAUCCUUUGCUGGAUAGAUCUGUUUCGUUGCAGGAGGGUGGUGAGGAUGGGGUUCCGAAUCAAUUCGAUGGCGUUGGAAAUGAUUUGGACCUUUUGGACAUGACUAUGAACGUGGAUUUCUGGGCUGAACUGGAUAUGCUUUUACCUGGAGGUUCUGGAAGUACCACGUCGCUACAAUCAUAA